UUUGUAGAACUUUGUGUAGUUGUUUUGUUGCUUUCUGAUCAUGACGCUGUGGUUUCAGUUGCUAACACCAAAGACACUGUUAUUUAUUAAUUUCGUCGUUUCUUUCAGACAGUAUGUAACAACUGAAAAAAGUUUAAGAAAUUGGUAUUGUUGUGCUCUGGGAACCUGGACCAAACAUUUCAAAAACAUCACAGCGUCAUCGUCUAUCCAGAAGCCUAAUGUCAGUGAUUUAGUUUAAAUCGCUAAAAUGGCAGUGGUUCAGACUCGUUCUUUGGUUGCGAAAAACGCGAAAAAGAAAAUCAUUAGCCGAAAAAAUCCCCAAAAUGAACGUCAACAUUCUACCCUAAAACAUUUAAGCUAGCGAAACAAUGUAGCGAAACGUUAAUUCCACAUUUACAUUCUAAAAUGUAUCAGUUGAGGUUUAGAAAAGGUGAAACAUUGUAAAUAAUAGUGAAUGUACACGUUACACUGAACACAUAAUGUCACAGUUCGGAGAACAAAUCCUCACACGGAAGUUGUAACCCAAACACAGCUAACAGAACACGUUGGCUUCUUCAGGGGGGAACGGAGAUUUGAGGGGGAGUGAGAAGUUUAGGGAAGAGCCCUCUUUCCUUCAAGUCAAGCUGCUGACGCGGAUGGGACUGUUUGUGCAACGACGCAGCGGACCAUCGAAAUCUAACCAUGUUAUCUGGGAUCAUAACUGUUUGGAGCAUUCUUGCGGUAGCACAAUGUUACUUUUCAGAGGAAAAUUAUACCGAAGAGUCAAAGAUGCAGCCACCCACGGUCGUUAUAGUUGUAAUCGCACGGAACGCCGCACAUUCUUUACCAUAUUACCUCGGAGCUCUCGAAAGAUUAAACUAUCCCAAAGAGCGCAUCUCUAUCUGGGCAGCAACAGACCACAACAUUGACAACACAACAGCAAUCCUGCGAGAAUGGCUCACCAUCAUGCAAACACAGUAUCAUUAUGUGGAGUGGAGACCUUCAGAUAAACCCACUUCCUAUGCGGGUGAGCUGGGGCCCAAGCACUGGACUAAUGGCCGCUAUGAGUAUGUUAUGAAGCUGAAACAGGCAGCGCUGAACUUUGCCAAGAAACGCUGGGCUGACUACAUUCUGUAUUCAGACACAGACAACAUCCUGACCAACCCGGACACCCUGCACCUCCUGAUGGCAGAAAAUAAGUCUGUUAUUGCCCCCAUGCUGGACUCACAGUCUGCAUACUCCAACUACUGGUGUGGCAUCACUCCACAGGGCUAUUAUCGUCGUACCGCUGAGUACUUCCCCACAAAGCAACGUCAAAGGCUGGGCUGCUACCCUGUCCCAAUGGUCCACUCCACUAUCCUGCUGGACCUGCGCAAACAGGGUACCAAGAAAGUGUCCUUUCACCCUCCUCACAAAGACUACUCCUGGCCCUUUGACGACAUCAUCGUUUUUGCUUUCUCAUGCAGAAUAUCGGAGGUUCAGAUGUAUCUCUGCAACAAGGAGCGUUAUGGGUAUCUCAACGUACCUGCAAAGCCUCAUCAGACUGUGGAGGAUGAUCGAAUCAAUUUUGUCCACCUUUACCUGGAAUCUUUGAUCCAUGGGCCGCCAAUGUAUGUCUCUCGCAAUGUCUACGUUCCUCCUAAACAGUCAGAUCUCAUGGGUUUUGAUGAGAUCUACUUGAUAAACCUGCGCAGACGUCCAGAUCGCAGGGACAGGAUGUUAUGGUCGUUGUAUGAGCUAGAGAUUGAUGCUAAAGUCGUGGAUGCCAUAGAUGGAGCUGCUUUGAACAGCAGCGACAUUAAGAUUCUAGGUGUUGAUCUCUUACCUGGUUACUAUGACCCUUUCUCUGGUCGCACGCUGACCAAGGGAGAAGUGGGCUGCUUCCUGAGCCACUACUACAUCUGGAAAGAGAUAGUAGACAUGCAGCUAGACAAGGCGCUGAUUUUUGAGGAUGACGUGCGUUUCCAAGCCAACUUUAAACGCCGUAUGGUGCGGCUGAUGGAGGAGGUGGAGCAGGUGGAGCUGGACUGGGACAUCAUAUACCUGGGCAGGAAGAAGGUGAACCCUGCAGAGGAAGUUGCAGUGGAGAACGUGAGGAAUCUGGUGUACGCUGAUUACUCCUACUGGACGCUGUCUUACGCCAUCUCUCUCCAGGGAGCUCAGAAGCUCCUUAACGCCGAACCGAUAUCCAAGAUGCUUCCUGUGGAUGAGUUUCUACCCAUCAUGUAUGACAAGCACCCAAAUGAGGACUACAAAUCCCAUUUUCCCAAUCGGAAUCUGAUGGCGUAUUCCACACACCCUCUUCUGGUGCAGCCCUGCCAUUACGCCGGGGACCCGGAGUGGGUGAGCGACACUGAGACGUCUACGCUGUGGGAUGACGACAAUGUGCGCACGGACUGGAGGGGGUCACAUAAAACUCUGAAGGGUUCUCAGCCACCAGCUGGUCUGCAGAGCGCCACCUACAAGGAUGAGUUGUGAAGUACCUGUACAGUCCCAAAGCCACAUAAAUGGGCAUUUUUUUUAAGAGUGGAGGGGUUAGAACGAGUGUGCAGCUCUUUAUAAGACAAAUGACACUCAUCAUGGAGACCUCAAAACUGUGGAAGAGACGAGUGAGACCUGGGACCAGUCACUCCACAACAACAAAAAUCUUUCUUUUUUUUUCUUUUUUUUCUUUUUUAAAUCAGUACUUUUUACUUGUUUGGUUUUCCGGUAAAUAUAUCUAAAUAUAUCUAACAAGAUACAUUUUCUUGUCAAGUAAAAAAAAGAAAUUAAUUUGCAAGAUAUUAAGACAUGUUUUCAGAUGAUACAUCUUGAAUGAAAUUUAUUUUAUAACUUUAUUGACAUUUUUUCUUGUUUUAAGCAUAAAUCUAGCAAAAAAGUAUUAAGGUUUAUGACAAAACAAAAGCAACAUACAAACAAGGGAAUAAAUGAGAUUUCCCAAUGAGAAAGAUAAAAUAUGAAAAUAGAAAAUAUAGUUUUAACGGAAAACAAGAACCUGUAAAGGCAUCAGGGUACAAUGACUCUUAUUUAAAUUCAAGAAGGAAAAAAGUUAUGUAUUUGAAGAGAGGGUUUUUGGACAUUUUUGGAACAAAUUAAACUAUUUUUGCAUUGUUUUUAGGUUAUAUUCCUAUAUUAACUAUAUAAAAAGGAUAUUUGUUCAUAUGGAAGUGGUGCGUAACAAAUUUAAUUAAUGGAUUAUAUUCAAAGUAAAAAAAAACUGAUAUGGGACUAUCAUGCUCAGACAAUCAAACAGAGCUUAAUGUAUUUUUGAAAUGGUGUGUGUGGUGAAUUUAUUUUUUAUUUUGGUGCAUUUUUGCUGUUCAUGCUGAAUUUUUCUGAUCCCAUCAUAAUAAUUUGUUCUUAUUUAUUUCUCUUCCCUGACUCAUUCCCUUCUCUAACUCUCCAGAGUGAACAGCAGGACCAAAUGAAAUGACAUGACAUUAGUGUACAUGGCAGUUCUGUUAAAUUUAGUUGUUUUUGAAAUAAAAAAUGUUUUUGAAAAAUGA